AACAUUUAGCUCGAAUGACAUUUCAGCUUUUGAUACACGUCAAACUGGUCGCGUUUGGAGCGGUUUUCAUUUCAAAAAAGUAUGUCUGAAGUGAUUAAUCCGCUGUAAGCGAUCGCAGAAGAACCGUUUACGCGAUGUUUCUACCAGGAAGUUGACGUUAACUGCUCCCUCAAACUGAUAGCUACCGGCUAGCUGCUAAUUCGCCGGCACGGGCGGACCUCUUUGUCUGACAGGGGAGCGCGUGCUCUUUUGUAGGCUUCCGUCUUUGUUUUGUCUGCAGGGGAGCGGACGGGGGUCACGGCUUCACAAUUCUCCACUGUUCGCAAAGAAUUGGAAGGGGAAAAAAAUGCAAAUCGCGAAAAAGUAUCUCACAGAAGGCCUGAUCCAGUUUACCAUCUUACUCAGUUUGAUUGGAGUUCGCGUGGAUGUCGACAGCUACUUGAACGGCUAUUACACGCCUCUCUUUGAAAUUAGUUUGGGACCCAGCUCAGCCUACACCCAGACACCCUUUCACAGUUUGAGGGACACCCUAGAUGGGUACAGCGUGCACCCCAAAUGUCCCGAGUUGGACUAUUUUUUCGCCAGUCGCCGGCUGCUGGACGAAGUGAGGGCUCUGGGCUCCCCGCGGUUCCCCACGCAACUGAACGCAUGGCUGUUGCACCAAGUUCCCGACAGUGACAAGCCCGACUCUAUAGAGCCAUCAGACGGCGACGACGCUGACACUAGCUUGGGGUCGGAGAGCACCGGGGGUGAUGCCGGUGAUGACUGUGAACAUCCGCCCGACAAUGGCCAUCAAACAGCCCAGCAUCUCUUCGGACAGGGGCCUUGUAGCUCCGGAACCGGCGAGGUUCUCGGAGAGGAAGAAAAUGGUCAUGUGAAAGAGGAGGAACCUGGUUCACUGAGUCAGUUGGCUCACAGUAUUGCACUGGAACAAGAGAGUUUGCUUGAUAGCAAUGCUGCAGUGUUCGAUCCAGCGCGCAGCCAUCCCCCUGCCGUCGACAUUGACCAGCAGUGGAGCCAUUUCCUCUCUCUUCCUGUCAGUGACCUAGAUGACUUGGACCCGUUGGAUACUGAGUGUUUCACUGACCUUGAUGCAGACAUCACUAGCACCAUCAGCCAGGAUGUCAGUCUUCAUGACGCCAUGGUAUCCAGGGCUGCAGCUUAUGAUAUGGUGUCAGAGAGGACUGCGGCCAUGCCAGUCGCCCAGCAACAAGCACCCUUCUUCUGCCUGGAGUCCACAAACUCCUCUCAUUCAGACUCAUCAAUGGGGAUGACAAUGGAUUUGGCUGCACUCCCAUUUGUUUCAGUAUGUAAUGUUACAAGGAAUUUGUCAUCCCAUGUACCACUGGAUGGUUGUCUGGAUGAAGCAGUGUUUGACCAGAUUAACCUGCUGCAUUUGGAUGACCUGGGCACCAUUGAUUCCCAGAUGUUGGAUAAUUUGGGGGCCAUAGACCCACAAUUGCUGGAAGAUCUGGACUCAGACUCUGGCCUCUCCUUGGAGAACAGUUCUCGAGGUCCUGCCUCCCCAGGUACAUCCGAGGUCUCAUCGUCAUCCAGUUCUUACUGUGAGGAUGGGUGUGGAGCCACAGGCUAUACCAGCGAGGUUGACUCCAUCCCCUCCAAAGGUAUCUUUGACCACACCACAUCAUGGUCCCCUGUGGAUCUGAGUGAAAGUGUGUGGCAUGACCACAGCUACUCCUCUCCUGCCUUCUUCCAUCAGCCCUCAGUAGCUUCAUUCCCCCACAAAGGCAUCAAAGAAGAACCUCUCAGUGAGGAAGAGGACCAGAGGGUGGUAGAGAGGGAGCUGAGUCGAGAUGAGAUGCGCGCUCGUGCCAUGUGCAUCCCCUUCUCAGCUAUGCAGAUAGUCAAUAUGCCUGUGGAAGAGUUCCUGGAUGUCCUUGAGGGCCAUGGCUUUUCACCAGAACAGGUAACCCUCCUGAGAGACAUUCGAAGGCGGGGAAAGAAUAAGCUGGCAGCGCAAAACUGCCGCAAGCGCAAGCUGGAUGCCAUCACAGGGCUCCAGGGGGAGGUGGAGAAGCUGCAGGCUCAGAGAGACAGGCUUUUCAGGGAGAAACAGCUUACAGCUAAGACACUGGGCGCUGUAAGCCAACAAAUAGAUCAACUCACCAGGGACAUCCUUUCUAGGAUGAGGAAUGAUUUGGGGGAACCCCUUAGCCCCCAAAGAUACACCCUGCAGUGUGGUGCCAACGGAAGGGUUGUGGUUCAUCUUGUAAGGAAGCCAAUUACCUCUACAACAACUGAAAAUAAAAAUGACAAGAGAAAGAAGGACAAAAAGCUGUGAUGCAACAUUGUCAGCUGGGAUGUGCAGUUUUUAGGUCUUUCUAUUUCUGAACUCACUUGCCUAACUUGGUUUUGGGAACUCCUUCUUCCUGAGUGUUUUGGUUGACCUUGGAUGAAAGCCUAAAAAAGCAAAACCUGGAAGAGUGAAAAAGCAUCUGUAAAUAAUAAUGUCCUAUUGGGGGAAAUGUAGCUUACACACUGGACAAAAAGGUCUUAUUAUGCAUUGAAACAGGUUCAGGUACUUGUGACAUACAGAUGAUGCUAACAAAUUCUAGUGAUGCUAAGUGCUUCUGUCUAUGCUUGUUAUUACCAUAAAGUUAUCCAUACUUACAUUUUGUUGGCUCUGUAAAUGCCCAGAUGGUAGUAUGUGAAAGUAAACAUAGCUAUUAUUUGACAAGCAAACAGUAAUGAGGAUUGAAUGGGACCAUGUAAGGGGGGACACCAUGGUGUAUUUCUUGCUGAGCCCUGAUUCUAUGUGCAAGUAGACAAUUUGAAGAAAUCA